AUGAAGAUCGACUGGUCCGAUUUUGGUUUAUCGCGUUUAGGUGAAGGUGAAGGUGGGGCUGAUGGGGCUUUGUCGGCGUUGGGAGUGGCCAAAGAAUGGGGGAAAAACGUAGAGGAAUACGUAGGAGGGGGAAGCGGGGAGGGGUGGGUUCAUGAAAAACUAGUCUAUGUGCCGGUUUUACCUGGUCUCACCAAGUCCUAUCCAAUCACACCAGCUCGACUACGCAUGAUUUACGAAGAUGUAUGGCUUACUUCUUCCGAUGGUUUACGCCUUCACUCCUGGUUCAUCAAGUUCUCGCCAGAUUGCACAGGCCCAACUAUUCUAUUCUUCCAAGAAAAUGCUGGAAAUAUUGCACAUCGCCUUGAGAUGGUGCGAAUAAUGCUACAAAAGUUGCAAUGUAACAUCUUCAUGCUAUCCUACAGAGGAUAUGGUGCUAGUGAUGGCUAUCCAUCUCAACAAGGAAUCAUUAAGGAUGCCCAGGCUGCUCUAGAUCAUCUCAGCCAAAGGACAGACAUUGACACUUCUCAAAUAGUUGUAUUUGGAAGGUCUCUUGGUGGAGCAGUUGGUGUUGUAGUUACCAAAAAUAACCCUAACAAGGUUGCUGCCUUAAUACUGGAGAACACUUUCACAUCCAUUCUAGACAUGGCUGGUGUUUUGCUACCCUUUUUGAAAUGGUUUAUCGGUGGAAGCAUUUCAAAAGGCCCAAAAAUUCUUAACUUUGUUGUCCGUUCUCCUUGGAACACCCUUGAUACAGUCGGCGAGGUUAAGCAACCGAUUCUUUUUCUUUCGGGACUACGUGAUGAGAUGGUCCCACCGCUUCACAUGCAAAUGCUAUACGCGAAGGCAGCUGGCCGUAACAAACGUUGCACGUUUGUAGAAUUCCCUAAUGGCAUGCACAUGGACACGUGGCUGGCUGGUGGUGAUUUUUAUUGGAAGACUGUCCAAACUUUUUUACAAAAAAAUGUCAUCCAAAACAAUGAUACAGAAACACGAUGACCUAGUUGGAUAAAAGAGCGGUGGUUUCAUCAUUUGUUGAGGAAAAAUUGUUUUCAGUUUACAGAAUUUUAGGUGGUGCUACAUGACUUGGAUUAGAAAUACAUCCAACUUUUUUUUUUUUUUUUUUUUAAUUAUUUUUGUACGAAA